UUCAGUUUUGAAAUUUCUUUCCGGUAGAGCAGUCGCAUCCCGAGCAAGCUAUGGUUUGUGCACCGACGUGCACCCGUAAGCGGACGCUUGACUUCAGCUGCAAGUACCGUAAUCUUGAAAAGUUUUCCUCGGAUGUGGAUCAUUUUUUGGAGGAAUACGAUCGCAUCGUGGAGCACGUAACGGCAUACCAUCGAAGCUAUCGACGGGAGCUGAGCCAUCUGUGCGAAGAUGUUGAGCUUUUGCUGCAGAAAUUUAGUUACAUCCAGUCCAGUGGUGUCCGGGGGCAAUUGUUUAUGGAAAAAUUCUGCUGUGGUGUACGUAAGGUACUUUUUGACGAUUGUGAAGAACUGAGACAACAUUACGUUUUGUAUCACAAUUUCGCUCGAAUCUUGCAGCCAACCAUUGUGCAACUUCAAUCCGGCCAUGGUAAAAUGCAAUACUUUCAUCGACGUUUGCUAGAGUACACGUGCUAUGGCACGGAGUCGACUGCCGUACUGCUGGCCAACCUUAAGAAAAUCGCCAAGAACAUGCGCCAAACUUUGGAACGCAGCCCGAAGUGGUAGUAGUAGCGUUUGAACAAAGCGAAGAAUAGAAUGUGUACUAAUUUUAACCACAGAACAAAUAAACCACCCGCACCCGUUGGGAUUUGCGCAGUAAA